AUGGCGGAAACCGCGAGCAAUGCCGACUCGAGCCAGCAGAAACUGGCCGCCCCCAAGGACAAGAACUGUCCCUACUGUGGCCAAGCCUUCACUUCUUCCUCCCUUGGCCGGCACCUCGAUCUCUAUAUCAAGGAAAAGAACCCGAAGCCUCCAGAUGGAAUUCACGACGUUGACGCCAUCAAGCGUCUGCGAGGAAGCAUCACGCGGAGACAGCCUAGGGGUUCGUUGGGCACGAGGAACGUCUCAACCCCGGCCAGUACACCAAGGCCUACCCAGUCCAAGCGGGACGCCACGCAAGAUGCCGAAUCUCACCAAUCUCCAGCCCUGCCCAAAGAUGGCCAAUAUGCCGUUGACUCGACGCUCAGCAAGUACCCCUGGACCCCUUCCUGGGAGACCACAGGCGUCAUGAACAACAUCCCCCCCAAAAACGGCGAUGUUGCUACAUCUACCGACGGGGAGGGAAGCCAGAAUGCGGGAAAGAGGCCGAGGCAAGUGAGCAAGCAGGUGAUGCAAAAGGCACAGUUCGAUGUGAAGCACAAACUCGCCGAUGCUAUGGACACCGCUCGCGCCGCGGAGCUCGCUUUGAGAGAGCUCUUGAGCUCUUGGAGAGCAGCCAAGCAACACAUCGACAAUAAUUCCAUGCCUUUUGAGUUUGACCCUCUCGCCCUCGACUUCCCUGCAUUGACGUUGCAGUGUCUCGCCUCGCCGCCCACUCUCUUCUCUUCCACACAGCAUCCCACCUCCACCUCUUGGUCCGUCCAAUCACCCGGCCAAAGAGAGUACGAUGCGCUGAGGGCUUUCUUCCAUGAAGAGUUCAGCAAUUGGAAGGUCACUUGUGCCACUGCUACCACGGCGGCAAUGGAGGAUUUAACAUAUCCCCCCCGUGAGGGCCCGGUCCGAGACACCCGCGAGGCUGUGAAGAAAGCUGAAAAGUCGGCGGAAACCCUCGAGAAACAAGUCAAUGAGCAUCUGCAGUCAGCCUUUGCUGUUUGGACCUCUCUGCCCGUUCAGAGGCGAAACGAGCUAUGGCUCUUGGAAAUGGCAAGAAGCGUGGGUAGGAAGCAGACCGAGAUUGACAAGAUGAAGGACGACCAACACAGGCUACAGCAAGAGAACGCCAACCUGAAGUCUCAAAUUGACCAGCUGAACCGUCUGCAACAGCCCCGCGAAUUCAAACUCUUCUCUCCAGCCACGGUUCCCUUGGAGCGUCAACUUCUGACCCAUGUCUUGGAGGCAGGCAUCAAGAGCGGUGGCCGAGGCGUCGGCUUGCGGUUGGAGGAUCGACAAUUAGAUCUUAAUGAUGUUGUUGUGAGGGCAAUCGAACGGUGGAAGACAGUUAUCAGCAUGAACCGUGUUGCCAACAGUGGCAUGAAUGCUCAGAGGGCUCUGGACCAAACAAACAGCAACACAUCGACGCCGGCUCCGACUCCUCAACAACAGCAGCAGCAGCAGCAGCAGCAGCAGCAGCAGCAGCAGCAACAGCAGCAGCAACAGCAACAACAGAGUCAACAACGCCAGCAGCAGCAGCAACAACAACAACAACAGCAUCAACAACAACAAGCGCAGUCGUCGCAACAACAGCUUCAACAGCAACAAGCACAACAGUUUCCCAGCCCCAAUCAACGGCAAUCAACAACGAGUAUCACUGGCAAUAGCGACCCGGGCGCAACGACCAGCGGUCCGCCUUCAAUCGACGAUGCGAGCGACCAGGAUGCUGAUGGGGAUGCCGAUGGAGACGCCGACGCCGACGCUGAGAUGGAGGAUGAUGACAGUUUUGCCGUAAUGGAUACGCCCACUACAAAAUCCAUGCCGCAGCAGCCAAUGCAGCGACAGGCCACUCUCGAGGUGCCGCGGACGAGGCAGGUGCAGCAGAGGGGUGCGAGUGAUGCGCGGUUCAUGAUGCAGAACGGCAAUCCGAAUGCGAAUCGAGGCGGAAUCAACAUGAGCCGGUCAAUGCCGAACAUGCAAGCAGCGAUGCAGGGCAUGCAUGGUGGCGACAUGGGAUUGGCUAUGACCCAGGUGAGAGGCGAUCCAAUGUACAUGGAUUAA